AAAACACAUUUCAGACUAGGCCAAGAGAAGCUAUCAAUAUGGCAGAUAUUGAUGAGAAGAAAAAGGAAUACUACACUCGGCUAUUGACUUUUUUUACUUGGACCUGCCACAAAGGCACUUCAUCUUUACUUUGAAAUGAAAAUUUUGAAAUCCUUAGAACUUUUCAUGUUCUUGGACAAUCAUAGGCAUAUUUUGUUUCACGAGUUAUACCCGACUGUUCCAUGCUGUGAGUGCAAGAAUAAUCAUAUUGCAUCCCAAAAGAAACGAGGUCAUCUUAAUCGUACUCAGUUUAAUCUAUUAUUCGAAGUCAUCAACGGACAGGAAGUACAAGAACAUAAACAGAAUCGCGGAGAACGGAUAACACAUCACUGUGUAUGUAGUUUUGCAGCCAAGCAAUCAGUUACAGAGGACGAUAUGGAUAUCACUCUCUUGUUCACUUUGAUGAAGACAUGCUGCCCACCAGGAACAGUAUCCGGUAAUCCAAGAUGGAUUGAAGAAAUUAAAGAUACACGAAACUAUCUUGCUCAUUGUCCUAGCCCAGACAUUUCGGAGUUUGAAUUCGAGCAAAGAUUCGAUAACACUGAACAAUGUGUUUUGAAUAUAGCCAGUGUAGUGGGUCGUCAAGCCUUGAAAAUGAUAAAAGCUCAAAUAACUUUUUUCAAAACAAGUGAUUUAUCGAGCAUUCGACAGUUCGUUCAAAGCAGCAACACUACUAUUCAACAGAUUCUUUAAAAUUUCAUGAAGGAACAAACACAAAACUUCGAAACCAUAGCAGAAAAUACAGGCGCAAUGAAAAAUGAGAUUGUGGAUGAACUUAGAAGAUAUAGAGAAGACUAUCGUAUUCACAUGCGGAAUAUCAUAUUUGAGGUAAAAACUGUAGUGCAGAGUGACUUGGCAUCACCUACAAAUUCGACAUUCGAAGAAAGACAAUGUCUUCAAAAUGAUAAUAUAUGUUAUGUAGAAUGGAAAUUGGCAACACCAAGCAACUGGAACAUUGAUGACAUCAAAAAAACCUUAGAAAAUGUGGCAUCUUUGAUAGGACAAUGGUUCCGUAUAGUGUUUGUCUAUAAAGGAUCAUUGGUAAUUUAUACCUCAGUUCCAGUGCAUAAAGUGAAGGAUGACAAAGAUUUCCAACUUGCUGUACACUUAUUCUUGAAAGAUGUCGUUGAGAGGUGUGACCUUGACACAGUAACCAAAACAAUCAUCAUAUUAGAACUUGUCGUAUCAAAUGAAAUACUUUCACGGCAGAACAUAGAUAAACCAACCGUUUCAUGCGACUGUUGUAACAGUAAGAACAGUUCAACAAGAGCAAUCCAUCACUGCAUUGAGUGUCAAGAGAAUCUUUGUCACAAAUGCACCAGUGUCCUGACUGGAUCACUUUCAGAACAUAAUUUAACACAUCCAAAAGUAUCACGCAAAGAAACUUUCCAAACCACAUGUUUUAAACACCGCGACUGUGCUUUCGAUUUCUUUUGUGUUGAUCACGAUUGUUUAUGCUGUUGCUAUUGCACGGACCAAGAGCAUACAUCAUGUCAGAAAUCAAUUCCAUUAGAAGUGGCAGCAAAAGAUGUAAAACAUUCACCAAUGCUUGAGGACUUUUCUGAUGCUUUAUCCAACCUAAAAACCGCAUUUGGUAAAGCAAUUACAAGUCAGAAUGAAAAUAUCAACAAUAUUGAUGAUGAUGCUGCAAUUAUUGUAAAGCAGGUUAAACUGAACAAAGCUGAAAUCAUUACAAGAUUGGAUGAACUCCAAAACGAAAUUAAAGAGGAUAUAUACGCCAUAAGAAAGAAAGAAAAAGCUGAAUCCGAAUCCAAAAAGAGUAGAUUAAUACAGAUAGCGAGUCGAAUACAAAACAUGUCUGCUCAAUGGUACCAAACCUUCAAACAUGGUUCAGAGAAUGAAAUAUUUGUCCUGCUGAAUAUAUGUAAAUGGAAAUUUAUGGAACAUGAAGCCAGCCUACGAGAUGUCAUACCAACACUGAAGAAAAAACUAAUCACAUUCAUGCCACAAAAGGCCGUUCCAAAACCAGUUAGAUUGCUAGGAUCUAUCGAGCUACAAUCAUCUCAAUACAAUUUUAAUUAUAAGCCAACCAAUAUUCAACAAGUUCAAGUUCCAGUAACAGUUUAUAAAAUGCCAACGAAGUUUACCUUAGAUUAUAAGGUAGAAAUCAAACAAUUUGGCGGUGUGUCUGUCACCGGUUUAUGUGUUACAGAUGAUAACCGCCGUAUCCUACUCUGUAAUCACCAAAGUACCAAACUACUAGUAUACAGUGACAUUGGUGAUUACCUACAGGAUUGUGAGUUAUCUGGUGACCUCUGGGAUAUCGCUGUUAUACCAGAUGAAGACAAAGCUGUCGUUACCCUACCUAAGGAAAAUUCUGUACAAUUUAUUGACAUUAAAACGAUGACAGCUGGUUCAAAACAUUCUGUACCUGAUCAUUGUUACAGUGUUACUAUUGUCAAUCAGAAGAUUUCUGUUUGUGGUAUAUAUAGUAGAAACCUACAUAUCCUUGAUAAGCACGGGAACCAUAUAAUUACAGUGAAGAUACCAGGUACUGGUUAUAUACAUUAUCUACACCCAGGUCCUGAUGAUAGUGUAUACUAUACAGACUCUACUUAUAAUGGUGUAAGUUGUGUUACCCUGAAUGGAGAAGAAGUAUUCAGAUACACUUCACAACAUAUCAUAGAGCCUCGGAAUGUGAUAACCGACAAGAAAGGUAACCUGUACGUGGCUUGUAUAGGUUCAAAUGAUAUUCAACGACUCUCAUCAAACGGAGAGUUCAUUGACGUCAUCCUGGACGUAAAAAACGGUAUAAAUCAUCCGUGUGGAAUGACUUUUAGGAAUGAUUUUCGAAAGUUAUUUGUACUGAAUGAAUGCGAAAACCUAUAUUCUUUAUUAGUUUUUACAUGUUCAUAAAACAAUUCGAAAUAAAUUGUAU